GCUUGAAGUGAUAUCAAUAUUCCUCAGAACUAGUUUCCUGUAUCGAUAGAGCUCCAUAAGAAUAGACUUAUUCCUCCUGUUGUUUCUUCUUCUUUCUCUUGUAGAAUCAGAUACUGAUGAUGGCUAUUUUCUGUGCUUGUUCAACUCAAAUUCCAGUUCAGAAAUCUGGGUCAUUCCUAAAGAUUGCAAGCAAGGAUUUGAAGUCCAAGCGCAGCUCUGUCCCACUGAAAAGAACAUCAUUUGCACGGAGGAUCAGAGCUUCCAUCAAAAACAAGGUAUAUGAGGAUCUAUCUGAGGGCAUAGUUUGCUACCGAGAUGAAAAUGGGGAAAUAAUCUGUGAAGGGUACGAUGAAGGACCUCGUCUUCAACGAACUUCAAAGCCACCUUACCAUCUAAGAGAUGUUGAGAUCAGAGAAAUUCUUCAACAAAACUGGAUAAAGAUAGUGAAAGGGGAAGAAGUGAAUCAUCCAGAAGAUGAAGGUGUUUUGCUGCAAGAAGACCUAAACUGCAAUGGUUUCAACUCAUUCUGCUAAACAUUUCCAACUUACUUUGUCAAAUAUCAAAGCCUAAGGUCUCAGAGCAGCAGUGACCGAGGGAGGGAGGUGGGUGGGGCCCAUGGCUCCACAAGUUUUCAAUUUUUCUUUUUUGUCAGUAUUAUAUAAGUAAUAUACAUUUCCCCUCCCCUCCAAAAAACAAAAUUAUACAAACUUUGUGCUAUAUAUAUAUAUAUGCUUUUUAAGUUCUUGCUCCACCACUGGUCAGCAGCAUCAUGUAUCAGAAAGGCAUAAGAGACUGUUAAUGGUGAAUCAAGAACUUGUGAAGUGGUUUUUUUCCCUUGUAAAGUUGUACAGGCUCAUAUGGCAAUGCUUUUCUCUUCCAA